GCAAGCGAGCAGUGGCUGACGGAUACCGCUGGCUGCCGGACGUCAGGGUGUUAUAUAGCGUCUUUCAUCGGCUUACCGAUCACGCUGUCACCCGUCUUUUAGUUGUCUGUCUGUCUGUCAUCUGUGGACACUGCGCCUCUGACUGGCUUGCACGGCAUGAAGGACUCAGGCGGUGAAUCGGGCGCAGCGGCGGGCGGCGGCUGCAGAAGGGGUUAAGGCGGGGCGCGCGACGGCUGAACUGAGGGCGCGCGGCGGACACGCGUCUCUCUCGCUCUCUCCCUCCAACUUCUUCACUCAUUCAGCCCGUCCGAAAGGUAAACAAUGGCGGAGCGGUAAGCGCCGGGCUACAGUCGCGGGGAGCCGCUCUCCUCCCCUUAAGCCACGUCCCGGCCCGAGCUUUCUGUCUUUCUCCUUGUGUGUCCAGGAGUAGCGGCGAUGGAGAGCACCACGGAGAACCCGAGCAAAGCUGCCGAGUUCCUGAACGAGCUCAACAAGAUCAUUGAGACGCAGCAGGAGCUAUUGGAGCGCCAGCGGGGACGCAUCGACCAGCUGGAGCUGCAAGUGGCCGAGUUGUGCGCAGAGAACGUCCGUCUCGAGGAGCAGCACCAGCGGCACCUGGCCACCUGCCGGUUGCAACCGCUGUUGGGAUCCAUCCGGGAGAACGCGGCGCAGGAGAGGUGUGAAGCUGAAGGUUUAAGGAUUGUCAGAAAACAUGCUUCUCUCCCCUGUGAAUUCAUCGAAGGCCAAAGUCCAGACAGUGUGUGCCAUCAAGGGUAUCCUUGCAUCAAGUGGAAGUCAUCAUCAUUGGGUGUGGAGGGUGAUGGUCCAGGUAGCGAGGCAGGCACUACCUUGGAAAGCCCUUCGAAUUAUGGCCGAGGUCCCAUAAUUCAGAGUUCAGCUCUGAGUCCAGAGCACUUUGAUCGGCCCUUGUAUGGCCAUUCGGUUUCUCCAGGGCAGCAACGUCAGCGGCGGCCCAAACUACAGCACUCAACAUCAAUCCUACGCAAGCAGGCAGAGGAAGAGGCAAUCAAGCGUUCAAGAUCGCUGUCUGAAAGCUAUGAGUUGUCAACAGACCUACAGGACAAGCAGGUGGAGAUGCUGGAGCGCAAGUAUGGAGGCCGCUUCAUAACCCGGCAUGCAGCCCGCACCAUCCAGACAGCUUUUCGCCAGUAUCAGAUGAAUAAGAAUUUUGAGCGAUUGCGAAGCUCCAUGUCAGAGAACCGUAUGUCAAGACGUAUUGUCCUAUCCAAUAUGAGAAUGCAGUUUUCCUUUGAAGGAGCAGAGAAAGUGCACAGCUCUUAUUUUGAGGGCAAGCAGGUAUCACUCACUGAUGAUGGUACCAACCUUGGUGCUCUCGUUCAGGCAGAAUGCAGUGACCUGUCUGCAGCAACCAAAUCCACAGCAACACAGAAUGACUUUACUGAUGCCAUCACAGAGUUAGAGGAUGCUUUUUCUCGACAAGUGAAAUCUCUGGCUGAGUCUAUUGAUGAUGCACUUAAUUGCCGUAGCCUGCAUUCUGAUGAGGGCCAACCUGAUGAGGGCCAUGUUCACUCAGAUGUUGACACUACUACUUAUCAAGGACAGUCUGCACAUGGAAAGCUGGAUGAGAUGACUGCCUCCUAUAGUGAUGUGACCUUGUAUAUUGAUGAAGAGGAGCUUUCUCCUCCUCUUCCCUUAUCUCAGUCAGUAGAGCGACCUUCCAGCACAGAGUCAGACUUGCGGAUGCGAUCUGUGAACUCUUCCCAGGAGUACUGGUCCAUGGCACACAAGGAUGACAAAGGAGAUACUGAUACUAGCUGCCGUAGCACACCAUCACUGGAGUGCCAGGAGCAGCGGCUCCGAAUGGACCACUUGCCUUUGUUGACUAUUGAGCCACCCAGUGACAGCUCAGUGGACCUCAGUGACCGCUCCGAGCGGGGGUCCCUUCAGAGGCAAAACGCCUAUGAAAGGGGUGUAGCCAGUCAGCAAGGGAGUCCAAAGCACAUUAAUCAUGGCAUUCUCUCGAGGGGACCAUCAAGAGAGGAGCAGCACCGGGCCAGACAACUGGAGAGUCAUCUUGCCAUCAAUGGCACUGCCAACCGGCAGAGCAAGUCAGAAUCAGACUUCUCAGAUGGGGACAAUGACAGCCUUAACAGCACAUCAAACUCCAAUGACACCAUUAACUGUAGCUCAGAGUCAUCAUCCAGAGAUAGCCUACGUGAGCAGACACUCAGCAAGCAGACAUACCACAAAGAGACGCGCAACAGCUGGGACUCACCCGCCUUUAGUCAUGACAUCAUCCGCAAGAGGCACUACAGGAUUGGAUUAAAUCUUUUUAACAAGAAACCAGAAAAAGGGGUGCAGUACCUAAUUGAGAGGGGCUUUGUUCCAGACACGCCUGUGGGUGUGGCACACUUCCUGCUGCAGAGAAAAGGCUUAAGCAGACAGAUGAUUGGAGAGUUUCUGGGCAACCGACAGAAGCAGUUCAACAGAGAUGUUCUGGAUUGUGUGGUAGAUGAAAUGGAUUUCUCAGGAAUGGAACUAGAUGAGGCACUACGGAAGUUCCAGGCUCAUAUCCGUGUCCAAGGUGAGGCCCAGAAGGUUGAGAGACUAAUCGAAGCAUUCAGCCAGCGAUACUGCAUCUGCAACCCUGGGGUGGUACGGCAGUUCAGGAACCCAGACACUAUCUUUAUUCUGGCCUUUGCCAUCAUUCUCCUAAAUACAGACAUGUAUAGCCCUAAUGUAAAGCCAGAGCGCAAAAUGAAGAUUGAAGACUUUGUCAAGAAUUUGCGAGGAGUGGAUGAUGGAGAGGACAUCCCCAGAGAAAUGUUGAUUGGCAUUUAUGAGAGGAUCCGCAAGCGGGAGCUAAAAACAAAUGAAGAUCAUGUAUCUCAAGUCCAGAAGGUCGAGAAGCUAAUUGUAGGCAAGAAACCGAUCGGAUCUCUGCACCAUGGACUUGGCUGUGUUCUGUCUCUGCCUCAUCGACGGCUAGUUUGUUACUGUAGGCUGUUUGAGGUGCCAGACCCUAACAAGCCUCAGAAAUUGGGCCUUCAUCAACGAGAGAUCUUUCUCUUCAAUGAUCUCCUUGUGGUGACAAAGAUCUUCCAGAAGAAGAAAAACUCUGUGACAUACAGCUUCCGCCAGUCCUUCUCUUUAUAUGGAAUGCAGGUUCUUCUCUUUGAAAAUCAAUAUUACCCCAAUGGUAUAAGGCUCACUUCGGCUGUUCCAGGAGCAGAUAUUAAAGUUCUCAUCAAUUUCAAUGCACCCAAUCCUCAGGACCGCAAAAAGUUCACAGACGACCUGCGAGAGUCCAUUGCAGAAGUACAAGAAAUGGAAAAAUACAGGAUAGAGUCUGAACUUGAGAAACAGAAAGGUGUGGUGAGGCCCAGUAUGUCACAGAGUUCGGGUCUGAAGAAGGAUGCAGGCAAUGGAAACUUGAACCGUGCUAGCCUGGAUGACAGCUAUGCCACUGGGGAGGGGCUGAAAAGAAGUGCGCUGAGCAGCUCGUUGCGGGACCUGUCAGAUGCAGGCAAGAGGGGCCGCCGAAGCAGUGCAGGAUCACUAGACAGCAAUAUGGAAGGCUCCAUCAUUAGCAGUCCUCACAUGCGCCGGAGAGCAACGUCCACUCGGGAGUGUCCUCGGCCUCAGCAAGGACUCCCCAAUUCUUCCUCACUCCUGGGAACACUGUUUGGAAGUAAGAGAGGAAAGUCGUCCUCCCAGGGCCACCCUGCCCCAGGCCCUUCUCUUCCUGGUCCAUCAUCCCAGCAUCCGUCGUUGCUUCCUCACCAACAUCAUAGUGGGCCAUCAGAAGCCAUGACUCACCAUCCGCAGUACUGCCAUGUGCAGCAGAAACCACCUCCCUACCAUCAUCAUCAUCACUAUCACCCACCCCAGCAUGUUCAGCACCUCCCACACCAAUACCAUCAGCCCCCCUCAUAUGGGCCACACGGUCACAGCCAUGCCUCCCAUUCUCAGCACCAAGUCCAUCAUCAUGGACAGCCGCAGCCCUCCGCCCCGCCUCCUACCAGCAGUAAGCCAAAACACAGUGGCAUCAGCACCAUAGUCUAGAAGAAGAGAGGGCAGGAGGAGCCAUCCUUGACUCAAGAGGGCAGCAGUUGUGAGCGUCCAUCUGCUGACCUCUGUCCAGAUAACAGAAACUGGGAACAAAGUUCAUGUGUGUGUGGAGGCACAAGUUUAGAAGAUGGACAGAGAGGAACACUACAGCUCUCCUACCUAGCCAGACAUGAGGGACCUGUGCUUGUCUGGCACUAAGCAGCUCACUUUGCCCAAGGCUCAGUCCACUUUGCUGUUUGGGAAAAUUUUAAAAACAAAGACUAAAAAACAAGAGCAAGGACUGGGGAGGAGAGGAGAGAAGCCCCUCCAUUUGCAUUUAAUUCCCACCCUGCCCAAGGUGCACUGUGAGGCCUUGCAGUGAAUGUGCCAAUUUAGAAGCCUCCACCGCUGCAGGUUAAGACGAUAGUUGGCGCAGCCUACACAAUAGUUUGCGUCAACUUUUGAAACAAAAGCAGUAUUUUAAGUACUUCAUUCGACACGAAAACCCCUUAUGUGUUCAACAGCAAGAGAUGUUACACAGCACAGUGGGUCUGGACGGCAUGGUGCCUGGGCGCCAUUGCUUUAUUUUUUUCAAAGGCUGUUAGGAGCAGUGUACUGUCCUUUCACUUACUUGCCACACUGUCCUCUGCCCCUUUACGUUUUACUCAGCAGGCUGAGUUUGCCUCACCUUAUUAGCCAGCUGCACUGUUGGCUCUUUGGUACUUAAUUGUCAUGUAAAGCACCCUGCACACCCCCCGCCAUCAUCUGUACGUAUUGCCCAGCCUUUGUAUUGUGCGCCCUGCCAACUUUACCCUGGUCACAGGCUGGCAGCUUCCAGUUUUUCCAAGGCGGAAGUGAACAGGCACACCGCUGCUCACUCGCCAAAAGGAUCAAAGCAUUUGGUGGUCCUUGCGUCUCCCCCUGCCCGCGAACACCUGAGUAGCGGCAUGCUCUUUUCUCACUCCAAUUUCUUUACUAUUUUAUAACAUUCUUUAAAAGAAAGAAGUGUUACUUAACUCUUGCUCAGGCCAAUAUUCCGAGUCCUUAUGGCAGUCGUUUACGUUCGCAGUUUGUUUUGCACAGAAAUAAAAAAGGAAAACUUUAAAAACGGGUCACUUGCACACUCUCGGUGGAGGUCAGAUGGGUUUGAUUCCGCUUCCCGUGACUAUUCAGACCCCGUGUUGCACACGCGUCGUGUCCCAGCCACAGACGGACCAGCGCCCCAGUGCCCCAACCCCGUAGCUGCUCUUAUUAUUAGAAAAACCGAAAAACUGUGUCGUUCGUAUUGUGCACUGAACUGGUGUCUGUCACGCGUCCUGUCAUGCAUUCUCCUGAAAUCUCAACUCAAUAUGACUGUUAGCACCCAGUCACGCGUGCGGCAGCCCACCCUUUCAGUUUUUGCUUUUCUUCGCAACACGCACCGAACUGCUGGAUGCAAGCCGCGGUCACCUCACGAACGCACCGGCGUGCGACACGAUCUCUUCCUUAGACCGCAGUGUUAGUUUCCCCGCGUCAUGUAGCAGACUGCAGCGGUCACCUCGCAUGCUUUCGUCCUUUUUGAGUUCCCUUGGGUGACUCGCGAGUCCAAGACGUUGGUAAGCGAGCAAUAAGCCGCACACAGCGCGGGUACCGGAGAGCGAGCGGCACGGCGGGACAUGUGGCUGCCCGAGUGGGACAACGAUGAAUCAACGAAUGUGUCUUUUUUCUAUAUGUAUGUAUGUAUAUAUAUAUAUAUAAAUAUAUGUCUUUUCUAAAUGUUCAACGGGACGACUUGUCUGAUGGCGUAUAAAAGACGCUCGAAGUGUUGCGCCUCUCCUGAAGUACCAGUGUACGGUCUCGUACUGCUUGCCGAUGUCCUUCCCAUAUUGCAUUGCAUGCGACAGGAGGCCCGGUACCGCAUCGGCGGCUUCCUUCUCGUUUGGUUUUCUCAUCCUCCGUGUUGGUUUGCUGUCUCAUAACUCAGCAGUGUGCUGCUUCGCUCCAGCAUGUGAGCUCUUGUGCCUGCAGGCUGAAAAAUGAUUCUGUAAAUAGAGCGUCGCGCGGCACACGAGCCUGAGCGCCCGUCGUGUCCUCCACACAGCUGGCAGGGCCGAGUUGCGAGUGCGAAGGACGGGGACACGACGCGAGGAAGACGAGUGCUUUCAUUUUCGUUUGCAUUCUGUUUGUAAGUAGUUCUAUCGAUGUCCAAAUAUAACUGUGAUCAUGUGAAGAAAGCAAAUAAACUAUCUUAACAUUU